CACAGCAGUCGGUAGAGCAGCUCCGGGGGCUAUCGUAGCAACGUGAAGCAUUGUGGGGCAGAGGCGGCCUUCUCUUCAUUGAGACCGGCAAGACUUGCUGAAGUAAAUAUCGGAGGCAGAAGAUUUCUGUAUUAGCUAAUUAAUAGUUUAUUGACUUAAAGCACUAAGCCUCAGUUUCUUUAGACAUGGGGCAGGAGGAGCUUAUGAGUCGAGCCGAAGAUGUGGCGGACCAGUUCUUGCGGUUGACGAAGCAGUACCUGCCUCACCUGGCUCGGCUGUGUCUAAUCAGCACCUUCCUGGAGGACGGCAUCCGUAUGUGGUUCCAGUGGAACGAGCAAAAGGACUACAUCGAGGCGACGUGGGGCUGUGGCUACUUCCUGGCCACCUGCUUUGUGCUGCUCAACCUCACAGGACAGCUUGGUGGCUGUGUCCUUAUCCUCAGUAGAAAUUUUGUACAGUAUGCCUGCUUUGGAUUAUUUGGAGUCAUAGCUCUACAGACGGUUGCAUACAGUAUUUUAUGGGAUAUAAAAUUUCUGAUGAGGAACCUUGCUCUUGGCGGUGGACUCCUGCUGUUACUAGCGGAGUCGCGCUCAGAAGGGAAGAGCAUGUUCGCUGGCGUCCCCUCCAUGGGGGAGAGCUCACCGAAGCAGUACAUGCAGCUGGGAGGGAGAGUCCUGUUGGUGCUCAUGUUCAUGACCCUGCUGCACUUUGACCCCAGCUUCUUCUCGAUCCUCCAGAACAUGGUGGGCACGGCUCUCAUCAUCCUGGUGGCCAUUGGCUUCAAGACCAAGCUGGCCGCCCUGACCCUGGUAAUAUGGCUGCUGGCCAUCAACGUCUACUUCAACGCCUUUUGGACGGUGCCCGCCUACAAGCCUAUGCAUGACUUCCUCAAGUACGAUUUCUUCCAGACCACGUCCGUCAUCGGAGGGCUGCUGUUAGUCGUAGCACUGGGGCCCGGCGGGGUGUCCAUGGACGAGAAGAAGAAGGAGUGGUAGGGAGAGGGAGAUGCACAAACACCACUGACCCCAGGACACACAAGGACCCCCAGGGUACUCGUCAUUUUUCUGACCAUCCACAGCAACCUCUCCCUCCACCGUUCUGUCCCCUCCUUUUCUUUUUUCACAUUUUGUUUUCCAGCUGCUGUUUGUUUUUAUGAGGUCAAUAUGGUCGGUACUGGAUGAUUUUAUACACCUAUUUAUGUCCCCUUUAUUUUGGUGGCAAGGAAAAAGUCAGAUUUUGAAUAAACUGUCAAAGUGCAAAGUAACUAAUUCAUGAGUGAUGGGUGGAUGAAAAAAAAAAAUUGGUUCUGUGUUGGAGAGGUAUGAAUAUCACAAUGUAUUUAUGGAUGUUAUCAUAACCUUUCAGAAAGAAAGUUUUUUGUGAAUACCUGAAAAACAGUGGUGAGCACUUGUAUCAGUUUGCUGGCCAAGGAAGGCGCCAAUCUUUUCCUGCUUGUUGGACCAUCUGUGACUUGCUCAUAUCAAUACUGAGACCUCUGGCACUGAAUACAAUACGAUUCUCCCUCACUCUGUAGGUUGCCAUCUUCCCUGCUUUUCAGAAGUCUCAGGCCUCAUCCUUACACACAUCCAGUCCCAUGGCUGUGACUCAUGGAUUGCAUAUGGAGAUUAGUUGUGGGGGAUGUGUGCAUUGUAUACUACUAUUCAAAAUGGUUGGAGUUGUGCUUGAUUGAAUAUUGAAACAAUUGUUAGCACCAGGACUCUUUUUGGGCACUUUGUUCUUUACAUCUAGGGCAAAUGCCUAACUAGUAACUGUAUUUUAACAGGGCCGUAGUGGGAGUUUGACAUUUGUGAAACGCCAUAUUCCUCAAUCUAAAGAAGCAAGCAGAACUGAAGAGUCAAUCACCCUGACUUUUUCCUUUGUUCAGUGUUUUUGCUUUAUACUGUAUAAGGAAAUAAACAUCUUGAGUUUA